UUUUAUUUUUUUUCAUUUUUAGAUUAUUUUCUGCAUUUAAAAUGAUUAGAAGCCGGCUUGAAAAAUUAGCACGGGUUAAGAAACGGCAGCGUUUAGAAGAUUCUUCGAUUAAUCAGACUUCGUCCUCGCAUCAAGGCAAUUUGGAAAACAACGAAAAUCAAGUCAACGUAAGCAGCGAGUCUGAUAAUGCUGAUUCCGAUUCUGAAUCACAACUUAUUCAUUUUGAGAUUGGUCAGACAAAAAGCAAAGAAUUGUGCCUUUGGCAUGCAGGAAUUCGAUAA